ACCCUCUGAAUAUCUAUUUUUUUCCCUGACAGGUAGAAACAAUUGGAGAUGCUUAUAUGGUGGUAGGAGGUGUACCAGUGCCUGUUGGAAGCCAUGCUCAAAGAGUGGCUAAUUUUGCCUUGGGGAUGAGGAUUUCUGCAAAGGAGGUGAUGAAUCCUGUUACUGGAGAACCCAUCCAGAUCAGAGUGGGUAUCCAUACUGGACCAGUCUUAGCAGGUGUUGUGGGAGACAAGAUGCCACGGUACUGCUUGUUCGGUGACACUGUGAACACAGCUUCUAGAAUGGAAAGUCAUGGGCUUCCCAACAAAGUACACCUCAGCCCCACAACCUACAGCAGGCUGGUGUCUGGGAUCCUCCCUGCUCUGCUGUUGUGUGUCCUGCAUCCUGCACGUCUCUUGAGUUGCCUGUAGACAACUCUUGAGUUACAGACCCACAGUCUUUGAUAUCUGAUGCACUUUUUUUUUCUCUGUGCAGAGCCUUGAAAAAUCAAGGAUUUCAAAUCAUUGAGAGGGGUGAAAUCGAAGUGAAAGGUAAAGGGAAAAUGACCACAUACUUUUUGAUCCAGAACUUGAAUGCCACAGAGGAUGAGAUCAUGGGCAGACCUAAAACCCCACGUGAUCACAAGGGUAAGCAAAAAAGAGAAGCCUUGUCAUUAGUGUUGAGAAGUUUUUCCACUAAUUACUUUAGAUAUGUUCAGUGUCUGCAGGGUCAACACAGGAAGUGUCCCUGCCCACCACCAUGCUCCAAGGCUCAGUUCAACCAUCUUGCCCUGAACACGCUUCUCUUGCAUCCUGGUUAUUAUGAUGUUCUUUGAGCUGGGCCGAUAGAUCCAGCUAAAGAGUUCUACAUACAUUAGUCUUCGAGGUUCUUCUCUGGGCAUUUCCCAUGCAGCUCUUAUUUGUGAGUGCUUUCUCUGCUCCCCAGCUUCAGAGGCUCCAACACAGGCUUCCUCACAUGCUGGAAACUUUUGCCUUCCACAUUUUGUUCUAGCUU